AACCACAACACUCGCUCCAAAACCACAACAACACAUCUGCCACUCGUUCGCACCUAACUCGCGCACCCUACGACCACCGUCCCGAAGACGCCGUUAUCUGCAAAUUGGCUGGUCCUGAUGUUCACUGUUUGAGACCCGUAAUUCAUACCUAAUUCCUCCUCAAGAUGUCCGGACAUCCACCAGGAGGGCACUACGAAGAGGGCUAUGGCCAGCCCGCGCAGCACGGCCAGGACUAUUACCAAGAUGACCAGUACGGCCAUUACGAUAAUAACCAGGGCGCUGCACACGGCUACGCCGAAGGCCACCAAGGCGAGGCCUACUACGACGAAGCUGGCUAUUACGAUGGCCAGCAGCAAGGCCAUGCCCAGGGCCAUUACCCGCAAGAGGGCUACUACGAAAACGGCCAGCAGGGACAGUACCAGGACGAGUACUACAAUGACCAGUACUACGACCAGGGCGGUGCCGCCGGCCAACAAGGGUAUGAACAAGGUGGUUAUGGCGCUAAGCCCAAGCGUCGCGGCCACGACUCCGAGGAAGAUUCAGAGACAUUCAGCGACUUCACCAUGAGGUCCGACAUGGCUCGUGCCGCCGACAUGGACUACUACGGUCGCGGAGACGAGCGCUACAACAGCUAUAAUGAGGGCGGCCGUGGCUACCGACCUGCUUCGUCUCAGGUGUCCUACGGUGGAAACCGAUCAUCGGGGGCGUCCACCCCCAUCUACGGCAUGGACUACACCAACGCUCUUCCUGCCGGCCAACGCUCUCGAGAGCCGUACCCAGCCUGGACCGCCGAAGCUCAAAUCCCGCUUACCAAAGAAGAGAUUGAGGACAUUUUCUUGGACUUGACUGCCAAGUUCGGUUUCCAGCGCGAUAGCAUGAGGAACAUGUACGAUCACAUCAUGACGCUACUGGACUCGCGCGCGUCUCGGAUGUCGCCCAACCAGGCUCUGUUGUCCCUGCAUGCUGACUACAUUGGCGGCGAGAACGCCAACUACCGCCGCUGGUACUUUGCUGCCCAUCUUGAUCUCGACGACGCCGUUGGCUUUGCCAACAUGAAGCUUGGGAAAGCUAGCCGGAAAACUCGAAAAGCCAGGAAAGCCGCAAAGAAGGCCGCUGGUGAUGCUACCAACGAGCAGGAAGCGCUGGAGGCCCUGGAGGGUGACAACAGCCUCGAGGCCGCAGAGUACAGGUGGAAGACUCGCAUGAACCGCAUGUCUCAGCACGACCGUAUUAGACAAAUCGCUCUUUACCUCCUCUGCUGGGGUGAGGCCAACCAAGUCAGGUUCAUGCCUGAGUGUUUGUGCUUCAUCUUCAAGUGCGCAGACGACUACCUCAACUCUCCUGCGUGCCAGGGCAGCACUGAACAAGUCGAGGAAUUCACUUACCUGAACAACGUCAUCACCCCUCUGUACCAGUACUGCAGAGACCAGGGCUACGAAAUCCAGGACGGCAAGUACGUUCGUCGUGAGCGUGACCACGCUUCCAUCAUUGGCUACGACGACUGCAAUCAGCUCUUCUGGUACCCCGAGGGUAUUGAACGCAUCGUUAUGGAAGACAAGUCGCGUAUUGUCGACGUGCCUCCUGCCGAACGCUACAUGAAGUUGAAGGAUGUGUUGUGGAAGAAGGUCUUCUUCAAGACCUACUACGAGCGACGCUCCUGGUUCCACAUGUUGGUCAACUUCAACCGUAUUUGGAUCAUUCACGUCACCAUGUUCUGGUUCUACACUGUCUACAACUCGCCUACCAUUUACACGAAGGGCUACCAACAACAAACCAACAACAAGCCCAACCGAGCUGCAUGGUGGUCGGCCGUCGCUUUGGGCGGAACUCUUGCUUCUCUCAUCAUGAUUUUCGCUACACUCGCCGAAUGGUUCUACGUACCGCGGAAAUGGGCAGGUGCUCAGCAUUUGACCAAGCGUUUUCUGUUCCUUCUUGCUGUCUUCGCUGUCAACAUUGCCCCUAGCGUCUACGUCUUUGGCGUUACCCAGACUGGCAAGAUUGCGAACAUCAUCAGUGUGGUUCAGUUCCUCAUCGCUCUUAUCACGUUCAUCUUCUUUGCAGUGAUGCCUAUUGGAGGUCUCUUUGGCAGCUAUCUGACGCGCAACUCUCGUCAGUACGUCGCCAGUCAGACCUUCACCGCGAGUUAUCCUCGGCUGAAAGGAAAUGACAUGUGGAUGUCUUAUGGUCUUUGGGUUCUGGUAUUCGCCGCCAAGAUGGCCGAGUCCUACUUCUUCCUUACCUUGUCGCUGAAGGACCCCAUCCGCAUCCUUGCUCCCAUGAGGAUCGAUAAUUGUAUUGGGGACCAGAUUGUCGGCAAAGUCCUCUGCAAGUAUCAACCUCAGAUCCUCUUGGGGCUGAUGUUCUUCACCGACCUUAUCCUCUUCUUCCUAGAUACAUAUCUGUGGUACAUCAUUCUCAACAUGUUGUUCUCCGUCGCCCGAUCUUUCUACCUCGGUGUUUCGAUCUGGACGCCAUGGCGAAACAUCUUCUCGAGAUUGCCCAAGCGUAUCUAUUCCAAAAUUCUCGCUACGACCGACAUGGAGAUUAAGUAUAAACCCAAGGUAUUGAUCUCCCAAAUCUGGAACGCCGUUGUCAUCUCCAUGUACCGAGAACAUCUUCUGGCAAUCGAUCAUGUACAAAAACUGCUGUACCACCAGGUUCCUUCCGAGCAGGAGGGGAAGAGGACUCUCCGUGCUCCAACAUUCUUCGUCUCUCAGGAAGAUCAUUCGUUCAAGACUGAAUUCUUCCCUGCUCAGAGCGAAGCCGAGCGGCGUAUCUCGUUCUUCGCACAGUCUCUAUCCACCCCAAUCCCGGAGCCGCUCCCUGUGGACAACAUGCCGACUUUCACUGUCAUGAUUCCUCACUACAGCGAAAAGAUCCUUCUAUCUCUUCGUGAGAUCAUUCGUGAGGACGAGCCUUACUCCCGCGUCACCUUGCUGGAAUAUCUUAAGCAGCUCCAUCCUCAUGAAUGGGACUGCUUCGUGAAGGACACCAAAAUUCUUGCGGAUGAGACAUCGCAAUUCAACGGCGACUAUGAGAAGAACGAGAAGGAUUCCGCCAAGAGCAAGAUCGACGAUCUUCCGUUCUACUGCAUUGGUUUCAAGUCUGCCGCGCCUGAGUACACUCUGCGAACUCGUAUUUGGGCUUCUCUUCGCUCCCAGACUCUCUACCGCACCAUUUCCGGCUUCAUGAACUACAGUCGUGCUAUCAAACUGCUCUACCGCGUCGAGAACCCCGAGGUUGUUCAGAUGUUUGGAGGCAACUCCGACAAGCUUGAGCGCGAGCUUGAGCGCAUGGCUCGCCGAAAGUACAAGAUCGUGGUCUCUAUGCAACGGUAUGCCAAGUUUUCCAAAGAAGAGCGCGAGAACACCGAAUUCCUUCUCCGUGCUUAUCCUGAUCUGCAAAUCGCCUAUCUUGAUGAGGAACCUCCUGUCAACGAGGGUGACGAACCGCGUCUGUACUCCGCUUUGAUCGAUGGACAUUCGGAACUCAUGGACAAUGGCAUGCGACGACCCAAGUUCCGCAUCCAACUCUCCGGUAACCCAAUUCUUGGUGAUGGCAAAUCAGACAACCAGAACCACUGCAUCAUCUUCUACCGCGGAGAGUACAUCCAGCUCAUCGAUGCCAAUCAAGACAACUACCUCGAGGAGUGCCUGAAGAUCCGAAGCGUCCUUGCCGAGUUUGAGGAAAUGACCACCGACAAUGUUUCUCCCUACACCCCAGGAAUCCCUAAUGCAAACUUCAACCCCGUCGCCAUUCUUGGUGCUCGCGAGUACAUUUUCUCAGAGAACAUCGGUAUUCUUGGUGAUAUUGCCGCCGGAAAGGAACAGACAUUCGGUACUAUGUUCGCACGUACACUGGCUCAAAUUGGUGGCAAGCUGCAUUACGGUCAUCCUGAUUUCCUCAACGGCAUCUUCAUGACUACCCGUGGCGGUGUGUCCAAGGCCCAAAAAGGUCUUCAUCUCAACGAGGAUAUUUACGCUGGUAUGAACGCUCUGCUCCGUGGAGGUCGCAUAAAGCAUUGCGAGUACUACCAGUGUGGUAAGGGUCGUGAUCUUGGGUUUGGCUCUAUUCUCAACUUCACCACCAAGAUCGGUACCGGCAUGGGCGAACAGAUGCUUUCUCGCGAAUACUACUACCUUGGCACCCAGCUUCCUCUAGAUCGAUUCCUUUCGUUCUUCUACGCACAUCCCGGCUUCCACAUCAACAACUUGUUCAUCAUGCUUUCGGUCCAGCUGUUCAUGUUCUGUCUUCUCAACUUGGGCGCGCUCAAGCACGAGACCAUCAUUUGCCACUACAACAAGGAUGUGCCCAUCACCGACGAGCUAUUCCCUACUGGCUGCCGCAAUCUCGUGCCCGUCUUCGACUGGGUUGCACGUUGUAUCGUGUCUAUCUUCAUCGUCUUCUUCAUCUCCUUCGUGCCUUUGGUGGUGCAGGAGUUGACGGAACGUGGUUUCUGGCGUGCAGCAACUCGUCUUGCUAAGCAUUUCUCCUCGCUUUCGCCAAUGUUCGAAGUCUUCGUCUGCCAGAUCUAUGCCAAUGCUCUACACACGGAUUUGUCCUACGGUGGCGCUCGAUACAUUGGUACCGGUCGUGGCUUUGCUACUGCUCGCAUCCCAUUCGGUAUCCUCUACUCCCGCUUUGCCGGACCUUCUAUCUACAUCGGUGCCCGAUCUCUGAUGAUGCUUCUAUUUGCGACUCUGACAGUCUGGGGUCCCUGGCUCAUCUACUUCUGGGCGUCCCUGCUGGCUCUUUGCAUUUGCCCAUUCUUGUUCAACCCGCAUCAAUUUUCGUGGACAGAUUUCUUCAUCGACUACCGCGAGUAUUUGCGCUGGCUCUCUCGAGGAAACACCCGUUCGCACAGUGCCUCUUGGAUUGGAUACUGCCGUCUCUCGCGAACUCGUAUCACUGGUUACAAGCGCAAGGCUCUUGGAGAUCCCUCUUCUAAGAUGUCGGGUGAUGUUCCCCGUGCUCAGUUUGGCAACAUCUUCUUCGCUGAGAUUGUUGGCCCGCUAGUGCUGGUUGCUAUCACCCUGAUUCCAUACCUGUUCAUCAACGCCCAGACUGGUGUAGCGGACGCAGAUCGUAAGAAGGACAGCAAGAACGCUCCAACGGAAAUCAAAGCUACAAACUCGCUCAUCCGUGUUGCCCUUGUGGCUUUCGGACCCAUUGCCAUCAACGCAGGUGUGCUUGGAGGUCUGUUCGGCAUGGCUUGUUGUAUGGGUCCACUUCUCAGCAUGUGCUGCAAGAAGUUCGGCGCUGUUCUCGCUGCCAUUGCUCACGGUGUUGCCGUCUUCAUGCUGCUUGCCUUCUUUGAAGUCAUGUUUUUCUUGGAAGGCUGGAGCUUCUCUAAGGCUCUUAUUGGCAUGAUUGCCGUUGUUGCCAUUCAGCGGUUCUUCUUUAAGCUUAUCAUCGCUUUGGCAUUGACCCGAGAAUUCAAAGCAGACAACUCGAACAUUGCUUGGUGGACUGGCAAGUGGUACUCUAUGGGCUGGCAUAGUAUCUCUCAGCCCGGCCGCGAGUUCCUGUGCAAGAUUACGGAGUUGGGCAUGUUCGCUGCCGACUUCAUUCUUGGCCACAUUAUCUUGUUCAUCAUGCUUCCAGCAUUGCUUGUCCCUUACAUUGAUAAGUUCCACUCGGUCAUGCUGUUCUGGCUGCGACCUAGUCGUCAAAUCCGACCUCCCAUCUACUCUCUCAAGCAAAGCAAGCUCCGCAAACGACGAGUGAUCCGAUACUCCAUUCUUUAUUUCGUCCUCCUCAUAAUAUUUGUUGCUCUGAUUGUGGGUCCGAUCGUCGCUGGCAAGUUCCUAACAUCACUGCCUACCAUUCCCAUGGACCUCCUCCAGCCCACCGGCCUCAACAACAACGAUACUAGCGGGUCGCACACUGGUACCGCCAAGAAUGGAAAAGCAGCGGCUGCGACAUCGAGCUCGGGCAAAUUCCGAGUCUUCUAGACUUGAAAAGCAACGACAGCGGAUUUCAAUAGCGAGCAGGCGUACUCUUCUCGUCUCUCAUUCACGCAUUGUACAACAAAGCAGAAGCACGACGCGCUGU